UAUUGAUGUAUACACUUGAAUAGAGACUCACUAGUUUUGAUCAACGUUAUCCGCACCUCUUUCGACACAAUUGUAAUCAACGUGAGAAAUUAGUUAUAGAACUACAUGCAGUUAUAUAGGUCUCAAUUGUUACAUAGACUCAGGAUAUUGGUACAAUCAAAGAGAUAUCUCUUUGGUACAAUCUACUACGUCACUGCAAAUAGUUUGUGCUUGCAUGAACUGACUGUUGGCUUUAAAUACACAUUAGCUGAUCACACUUUUAAGCUGUAUUGGACAUUGGAUAUAUGCGUAGAAUGAGCUCGUUUUUGUAAUAAGCCAAAAAUCUUAUAUUUGCUCCAAUGGCUGAGAAGACCAAGAAAGAGAAAGCUCCAAGCUCUUCAGAGAACCUGACGUGUCCACUAUGUCUUGAUAUCUUCGACGAGGCAACCAUCCUGACUUCAUGCGGACACACCUUCUGUCGGAAAUGUCUCAAGAACUAUGACCUUUCCCACCAGGAUCUCGAUCACAUGCUCUGUCCUCUCUGCAGGAAGAUCACCAAGCUGUCAGCUAAUCGUGUCGAUGAUUUCCUCACCAAUGUGACUGUCAACGGACUUGUAGACAAUUACCACGCGCAGUGUGGAGGGAUGAACGCUGUCCUUGAGAUGCGUCCAAAAUGCACUGCUUGCAAGUUUCAGCAAGAUGCCGUCUCAUUCUGCUGUACAUGUAAUAACUACAUUUGUGAUAGGUGUCUGGAUUGUCAUCAAUUUCUUAAAGUCUAUGAAGAUCACGAGAUUGUAUCCAUACAGGAUAUCAACAACGGGAAGAUCAGUAUUGGUCAUCUAUCCGAGAAGUGCUGCAUCCACAGACAAGAGAACAAAGAUAUGUUUUGCGAGGAUUGUAAGGUCCAUGUCUGUCUCAAGUGUGUGAUCGUCGGUCAUCAAAAUCACAAGAUCAAGAAUCAGGCUGACUUCGAGCAGCAGUUACGGCUUAAGGUGAAUGACCUUGUCCAGCGAUGUGCCGCUAAGAAGACAGAACUGGAGAAGAACAUUCAGAAUGUGGAAGUACAACGCCAUGAAGUAUACGUUGCCGUGCAGAAACUACUGGACGAUGUCAGUCAAGCCUACAGCAUCAAGGCCAAAGAGCUUGAAGAAAGUCAUCGAAAUCUCAUAGAGCAAAUAAAUGCAUUAAAGCGGAGUUUCGAUGACAACCUCAAUGUCUUGAAAUUCAACAAUCGACAGAGGAUCAAGAGUAUUUGUAGUUCAAUAACACUGGUAGCUAAUGACAGACUGGGUCGUCUUGAGACAGACAAUCUGUCUGCUCAUACCUUGCUCUGUGAGGAGCUGGAUGCCAUGCUGAAGAAGGCUAGUGAUCACACUUCUGCGGCAGCCAUUACGAAGAAAGCACAGAAGAAGAGGUUCAAGCCUGCAGAUACUCGUCUUGACCUCGGGAGCAUCUCAGAAUCAGAUCCCAAGUUGCAAGUCAUUCAGUGUGUAGAUCUACGGGGAUGGAUGUGGGGAAUGACCCAGUACUCUGAUGAUAGUGUGGCUAUCGGAUAUGAUGGUACACAUGGUAUAGAUAUCAUUGAUUCAGCUGGUAAAAAGCACCAGUAUGCAAACAUACCAAGUAACAUGGAGUGUAAUGCUCUUGUGUUUCAACAAGAUAGGUCGUUAUGCGUAUCUUGGGGCAGUAAAGAAGCACACAUAUAUUCUCCCAAUGGAUCCAGGAAAUCAACUAUCCACGUGAAAGGCGAUCCCACUUUGUUCAGACUAAACAGAAGUCCAUCAGAUGAAAUCCUCAUCGCUAACAAUGAAAAGCAAGUCUACAUCUAUGACCCGACUGGAUCCACUCUCAAACACACUGUCCCAACAAAACACAAUGGGACGGGCCAGGUAUCUGCCACCAGGUCGGGUUUGAUCGUCACGAGUUCAUGUAACACCAAUCCAAGCGUGGUGACGGUCUAUGACAGGGAUGGGAAAGCUGGUAAGUCUCUACAAGCUCCAAGCGGUGUCUACUUGUAUGCCGCCGUGGAUGAGCAGGACAGGGUGUAUGUGGCGAGUGUUGAUCAAGAGAAUGGUAACGUGGUGAUCAGGCUCUAUGACCUUGAUGGUCUGAACCUGAAGGAAAGAGUUGAGUUCAAAGUACUUAAUCUGACGCUUGGUUUUCGUUUGUGUUACUUGGUUUCCCUCUCUCCAGACAUGCUCGCGUUUUCUUGUUACGAUAAGUUGUAUUUUAUCAAAGUAACACUGUAAUCCAUGUCACACUAUAUACCAUCAUUGUAUACCUCUUUCCUCCAGCUCCACUGUAAUAAGGGCCUAUCAAGUGUCAUAAUUAUAUUGUUUAUUAUGUGUUAACCAACCGAAUGAGAAGAUGCCUAUCCUCUCGAUAGAUGUUAAUUGCCUGAAUACCGUUGCCAAUAUCCUAUAUAAUCAUAACUUCCCUCUUUAGAAAUAGUAUGUAAAUUGUGUGAUCGUUUCUCCUAGAUAUUUACUGAAAGCCAGUAACAUGCUAACAUAAUAAACAACUUGAAAAUUGGUAAGAUAUUGAUUAACUUGUUAUUAGUGUCAUUGCCCUCAUGUUGUUAUUCUCAAAUAUUUGUUUUUAAUUUUCGUGCUUAUAUUUCUUGACUAUUGUGGUGAUUAAAAUGAUGAAAUAGUUAAAAAUGACACUAAAUAGGACCUCAAUGUAAAUAAGCUUUUCAGCUUUCACGGGUUAUCCCGUCAAGUUAUCAAUUUAUUAUUAUCACGUUGACAUUUUUAAAUAUCAUUUUACUCUUCGUAUAAAUGUUACAUUGAACCUGCAUGUUAAAUACAUCAAAUCAAAUUGCUAUGUUCCCUGAAAAAAUUCCUACGUAUUCAAUUUGCAACCUGUCUAAGAUCCAUUAAAUUGAAAGCUCUGGGAAGUGAUAAUGUGACGGAUAAGUUGGUUAUGAUGUAGAGAAGAACAUUGUGGUUUGGAAAAAAAAUAGGCCUAGGUUAACAGUCGGAAGUUUUGUUCCUUGACUAAACAUCUUAAUUGGGCAAAAAGAAUUUCCAUUUUCGGUUUAACUUAAUGAAAUUUGGAGUGGACUUUAAAAGAUUAUUAUUAUUAUUAUUAUUAUUAUUUAAACGUUUACUGCAUUUCUGUUAUAAUUGGCAAUGCAACUUUGCAUAUUUUAUGUGAAUUCGGCAG